AGCAUAGAAAUGGAUGGCUAAUUACUUCACUUGGUGAUUUGAAACAAUGAAGACCUUCAUUGCAUUUUCAAUUCUCUUACUAGCCUUUGCACAGGCUAAGUUCAUCAACUUCCACCCACCAACUAAAAUUGUUGGGGGCGAUGAAGCCGCUCUUCAUGGUUUCCCGCAUCAGGUUGCACUAUUCAUCCAAGUUCCACAAGGAACAGGUUUCUGCGGAGGUUCCCUUAUCUCCGACAAGCACAUUCUUACAGCUGCGCACUGCGUUUCUAGCGCUUCCUCAGCUCUAGUUAUGCUAGGAGCACACAACAUCAAAGCUGAAGAAUCUCAUCGUCAAGAAUUCAACACCACCAGCUUUGCUGUCCACGAACAGUGGUUCCCCCUAUUUAUUUUGAACGAUAUUGCGAUCAUCAAAAUUAAUGAAGCUAUUCAAGUUGAUGGUGUAACUGUUAAAAUCCUUGCGUUGGCUCCGGCCACCGAAGACGCCGUUCUAACUGGCCUACAAGCCACAGUUUCCGGAUGGGGAAAAGAUUCAGAUGCCGCUCAAGGCGUUAGCAGUGUGCUUCGUUACGCAAAUAAGGGUUUCAACGACAGAGAUGUUAGAUCCUUGGGUUCCAAAAUUGUCGGCGGAUCGGAAGCAUUUCCAUGCGAAUUUCCUUAUCAAGCGGCGAUCUUCAUUCUUGACGUAGACGAUGAAGACCUUUUUUGUGGAGGUUCCCUUUGCUCAAGAUAUCACGUGCUAACAGCAGCGCACUGUUUAUACAAUGCAAGAGAAAGUUUAAUCCUGCUGGGAGCUCACAACAUAACCGUCAACGAGCCUAACGUCCAACAUUUUGUAUCUUCAAGAUUUUUUGUCCAUCCAAGGUACAGCAGUAGCACGAUACAUAAUGACAUCGCCGUUAUUAUGUUGCCUAAACCUGCUGUAAUUAACGAAUUUGUUCAAAUAAUUUCACUACAUCAAAAUCAAACGUUGUUAUUCGGCCAGGAGGGCACUGUGUCCGGUUGGGGCCUACAAUCAACUAAGGCUAGGGAUAUCUCCCCUGUCUUGAGACAUGUAUCCCUAAGGAUCGUGUUUCACUUCAUUUGCUCUGCAACAUAUAAGGAUUUCACUAGCGGCACACAAAUUUGUCAACACGAAGCAAAAGGUAAAUCAACCUGUUCAGGAGAUUCUGGUGGACCAGUGGUAGUGUACGAUAGAAAGAAACGCCGUCGCAUUCAGGUGGGGGUUGUAUCGUUUGGUCACAGAGACGGUUGCGAGGUGGGAAAGCCUGUUGUACAAACAAGAGUUUCUGCUUAUUAUUCCUGGAUAGAAAGUAUAAUAAAGAACGAUUAUUAA